AUGGGAACGGCGCAUCAGGGCUACAGCACCAGGCGGCCCGGACCUGGUUGCUCAUCCCAGCGAAUCGGUGUCAGUCCGCAUGCGAGUACAGCAUGCCAUGGAGAACGACCGACGUGCCAGGAUCAGCAUUUUGCCAUACAAGAGCGAGCUCGGCCAGAUAUUGAUGGAGGCUCUCGCCGAUCCUACGAUGGACCCCAAAUCCAGGGUAGCACUUGCUGUAAGGAUGCGACGUUGGGCACCUGCGCUAUCGUAGUCGUCGCAGUCGUCGUCUUAGUCCCGGGGAUGCAGGUCUGA